AUGCGCUCGCUGAACGUCACAGCGUGCGCGGCGUUGCUGGAAGACGUGCGCUGGGACGAGCCGACCAGCGUCGCGAGCCUCGCCGUGCUCGCGCUCAUCGACGUGCUGGUGAUCGCAGGAAACUGCCUGGUGAUCGCGGCGGUGCUGUGCUCGUCCAAGCUGCGCAGCGUUACCAACCUGUUCAUCGUGUCGCUGGCAGUGGCGGACCUGCUGGUGGGCGUGGCGGUGCUUCCCUUCUCCGCCACGAGGGAGGUUUUCAAGAUAUGGAUAUUCGGCGACGUGUGGUGCGCAGUGUGGCUGGCAGUCGACGUGUGGAUGUGCACGGCGUCCAUCCUCAACCUGUGCGCCAUCUCGCUGGACCGCUACGUGGCCGUCACGCGCCCCGUCAGCUACCCCAGCAUCAUGAGCAAGAAGCGUGCCAAGGCGCUCAUCGCCGGCCUGUGGGUGCUCUCCUUCGUCAUCUGCUUCCCGCCCUUGGUCGGGUGGAAGGACAAGACGCCCGAAGACUCAGAGCUCAAAGAAGGCCGAUUGAACCCUCCUUGCCCGUGGACUUGCGAGUUGACCAACGACGCUGGCUACGUGGUGUACUCCGCGCUGGGCUCCUUCUACAUCCCCAUGUUCGUGAUGCUCUUCUUCUACUGGAGGAUAUACAAGGCCGCUGUCAGAACUACUAAGGCCAUCAACCAGGGGUUCCGGACCACGAAGGGCGGAGGUCGAGGCCUCGGUAGCCGGUUCGACGACAACCGUCUCACGCUGCGGAUUCACCGAGGCCGUGGCUCCGGGGGCAGGCCUCACGGCUCCCCGCUGUCCAACGCGUCCAACCAUUCCACCAGCACCUCGCUCAGCGCUUCUCCUGAGAGAUUGAGAAGACACUCCAGCGCAAGACGAGCUCACGAAAAAGUCAAGAUCUCUGUCUCCUACCCAUCAUCAGAGCAGAUUUGUCCAGCGCACGAGAACUCCAGGUCUCCCAGCCGCUCUCCGAGUCCCUCCCUCUACGCUGUUCACUACGAGAGAGAUGGGAGGGAGCUGACGGAGAGUCGGUUGAGGGUCAGGCCCUCCCACCACCUGGCUCCCGGACCUUUGUAUGAUGAAUAUGAUGACAACAAGCCAAGGACACGGCGUAUGGGGAAGAGGAAUAUUAAAGCGCAGGUGAAGCGGUUCCGCAUGGAGACGAAAGCGGCGAAGACCCUGGGCAUCAUCGUGGGAGGCUUCGUGUUCUGCUGGCUGCCCUUCUUCAGCGUGUACGUGGUGCGAGCCUUCUGCGGCGACUGCGUGGAGCCCAUCAUCUUCUCUGUGCUCUUCUGGCUGGGUUAUUGCAACUCCGCCAUCAAUCCCUUGAUAUACGCGCUCUUCUCUAAGGAUUUUAGGUUCGCGUUCAAGCGCAUAAUCUGCAAGUGCUUCUGUGCGGGCGGUGGGGUGCGAAGGGAGUCGGGCGCGGAGGAGCCGCCGCGCCGCCGUCCCGCUCACUCGCACUCGCACUCCCACUCGUUAGACGAGCACGACACGUCCACUAACACCACCAGCACUGACAGGUGACGACCAGUUAUGCGGCGGCAAAAUGCUCAAUUCAAAGCAACCGUCGCUUGCGUGUAGCAACCAUAAUUUAAUGUUAUAAAAAACGGACUAUUUUCAAAAUAUACCUAAUAUUUCUGUGUGUGUAUAAAUAUUAUUAUAAAUUACUGUGUAUAAUAACUUGUAAAUAAAAAAAUCCAUGCAAGUAUUGUAUGCGUGAAGUGAAACUUCCUUAGCUUUCGUAAGUUUUAUUGAAUAAAAAGAGGCGCUACUUUAUUAAGAAAAAUUGAUAAUUGGUUUAUUUGAUAAUUAUCCGUAUUACAUCAGUGAACCCAAACGAAGUCACCCAUACUUCGUAAGCUACAGUAACCGUGCAUUUUAUUCCGAAACCGAAGCAAUUUCAAGUGUCAUGUUUUACUAUACAUUUUACAAUAUAAUGAAUAUCUCCUUAGGAUAGUCCGGUUGUGUUGCAAGAUGGUGCCGUCAUUGGAGAAAAUUGAAAUAAAUAAUAUAACUUUACUGAAAUAAAUGUUUGCUAAAGAUCAGACCAACACAAGCUCAUGGGAUUCACUUUCAAGGUUCAAUGUUCCAGCAUUAAAAAAAAAAAGAAAAAAAGGCAACUUAACUAUUUCUAUACCUGCUAUUGCUAACCAAAAUUACUAAAAACGCCUUUCACCUAUCUGCUUACGAAAUGCAAAGUUCAUACGAGUAUCUUAAACUAGCCAUUUUUUUCAUUAAGACAAUACCAUAAUAUUUUUAACCGAUUAAAAAAAGAGAAGGUUCUCAAUUAGAGUCUAUGUUAUAUUUUGAACAUGAAUAGCGAAUUUUUGAUUAAUUUUGCUAUUUUUUGGGAAAAACCAACGAAUCCAAUCAACAACGUCACUGAGAUCCAUAUCAUAUUGAGGACUUUCUGUCGCAUAGCUUUCAACUUGGAUUGAUCGAUUAUUCGCAAAGAAUAGCAAAAUAAAUAAAUUAUUCCCUUUUAUUUUAAAAGUGCAAUUCUAGUCAACUUUAUCCAGUAGUAAUUAAGUACCUAUCUACUAUUUAUUUCUUAAGUUUGUCAUUUAAAAUUUAUAGUUACCUAUUAAAUAAAAAAAAUCUAUUGCUAAAUCUUAUAUUUAACUUCCUUGGCAUAUUUUUAACCUGUUGCUUUGCACAAGCAAUUAUUUAUUAUUAUCUUAAUAUUGCAGAUAUUUUUGAAUUAAACCAUCUAUGUGUGAAGUCAUUCGCCGAAAUGCGUUACUGCUGCAGGCACAUACUUUAAAAACAACGUAAUUUUAACUUACAGUGCGGUUUUACUGUCUACCUUCUUAAUAAUUAAUUAUUAUUAUUAUUCAUACAUCUUUAACUAUCGUAGAUAGAGAAAUCAAUAGACAAAUGAAUAGCGGGCCAUUUUAAGUCAAAAAAUAUUUUUGAUUUUGCAUCAAAGUAAACUAAAAUUGUUAUUUUACUAUAUUGGAAAAAAUGAACCAAUUUUUCAAGAAUAUAACUUAGUUUUUUAUUUAGCUUCUGAGGUUACUAGAUAAUUUAUUUUAACAACUGUAAUUUUGUAUUGACAAUACUUUUACCUGUUUUUUUUUUCUUUGUAAUAUCACCUUGUCUCGUUUUUGAGUCCACAGCUUUUCUCUUGUUUGAGAUAACGCGUUAAAUUUUAUCCAUCUAUUUAUUUCUCUGUCUACAAUAAUAUGAACAGUGUACACUGUUUCUAUUUUUGCGGCACCAACGCAGUCCCAAUUUUUAUAAUAUGCUCUAACAGCGCCAUCUGUUUCAAAAUAUUUGUACUAGCAGAUAAGGCGCCAUUUUUUCUGAAUGUUCCUGAAACUAAAUUACUUAAUUAAAAUAUUAUAUUGGUGUGUUCGAUGUUUUAAUAAAUAAAUUAUCGUGUCCGUCAGUGCGCCAGUGGUACUAUGUACAAACUGAUGCCGAUAUUAAUCUUGUACAAAUAUAUGAGA